CUGGCUAUAAUAAUAGUGUGAUCUUUCUGAGGAAAACAUCUGGUACAUGCGCAUUUGUUGUUGCGCUUCAUUCCAUUCGACUGCAAUAUGGGGCGCCUUUUGAUAGCCACUCUCUUCUUCUGUUAUCUGGACUUAUCUCUGGAGGCUGACCAUGCCUGUCACGGCCAUCACCACUGCACCAGCGUACAGUGUCCGAGCACCACGAGCGCCAGUUCAAUCUGUGUCCACGGGGAGUGUCGAUGUUCUCAAUUCGGGGUUGGGCUGCUUUGCCAUGCCUACCAUCAUGCGGACAACACCCAUGACCUGAACUGUGUAGACGCAGGCGUUAAUUGUACCGACGGCCAUAGACCAAGCUGCCACGGUGGAUACUGUGCAUGCACCCAUAACUCAGUCCAUUGUCAUACUGUGAACGAUUGCAUACACGGGGAUCAGGACUUUCACCUCGGACAGUGCGUGGACGUGGGCGGCGUACACGGUUUCUGGUUUUGUUCUGCAGAUCACCAGUGUAAAUGUAUAUUCUACUCCCACACGAACGCCAGCAGUUUAGUUGGUUAAAAUAAACUAAAUCUAUAAAAUAAACUAAAUCUAUAUGUAUUUAG